AACACAUGAUGCCAUGACAGUUCGUCAGUAGUUUAUAAGAGAAAAGAUGAAACUUACCCACCAAAAGCUCUGCUAUUACGACACCUUUUAGUUUCUCUUAUCCCUGCUCUUAAUGGUCAUGAAUUUUAUUUACCAAGUUGUUGACACCUCCAUUAGUGUCUUCCAUGCCACAGACCCACCCAUUUGUGCUGCAUACGGAUUAGCUUGUAAUAAGUACCUGCAACAGAUUAAGUUUCUUGUAACCCUGUUUCUCUCUUAACCAUAAUCUGCGGCUCCAGAGCUCCACAUUGUAUUUCUUCUCAUGAGCUAAUCCAAUCCGAUCCAAAGCCCCAGUUUUGGGGGGACGGGCUUGAAGCUUUGGUGGCUCUCCUGUAAUUGCUGCUAAGUUUUCUUCUUUCUUUCCAUGGGAAAGAAGGGUGGAACCUCGUGGUUGACUGCAGUAAAAAGAGCAUUCAGGUCUCCCAGUAAGGAAAGCGAGAAGAGGAGUAGCAGAAGGAAAGAAGACCACGAGCAAGAAGAAGACGAAAAUAAACGUGAGAAGCGAAAAUGGAUUUUCCGAAAACCUUCGAAUCAUGAACCGGUCACACAACAAUCCAAAGCAAAGCCAGCAGCUACGACAACUUCGCCGACUCCAAUUGCUGCAGCUGCAACCGCUGAGCAAAAGCAUGCCAUUGCUGUUGCAGUGGCGACCGCAGCUACAGCUGAGGCGGCCGUUGCUACGGCAAAAGCCGCCGUGGAAGUGGUUCGCCUCACCAAGCCUUCUAAUUUCGUUAAAGAACACUACGCAGCAAUUGUUAUUCAGACCGCCUUCAGAGGAUAUUUGGCAAGGAGAGCUCUUCGUGCGCUGAAGGGGCUUGUAAAGCUCCAAGCUUUGGCGAGAGGGUAUAACGUUCGAAAACAAGCGAAGAUGACGCUUCAGUGCAUGCAAGCUCUGGUCAGAGUGCAAACUCGGAUGCGCGAUCAACGCCUGAAGCUUUCCCUGGAUGAAGGUAGAAAGUCCAUGUUCAGAGACACCAACAGCUUAUGGAAGUCGCGGUAUCUUCAGGACAUUGCAGAGAGAAACUCUUUAUCAAGAGAUGGAAGUAGCACUGUAGACGAUUGGGACGAUCGCCCACACACAGUUGAAGAGAUUCAGGACAUGUUACAGAGCAAAAAGGAAGCUGCUUUUAAACGCGAAAAAGUCCUCGCCCACGCCUUCUCUCACCAGAUAUGGAGAUCUGGUAAGAACUCCUCAAAUGAUGACGAGGAAGAGCUAGAAGAUGGACCAAAAUGGACGGGUAGGUGGAUGCCCACGAAACCAUGGGAAAGCAGGGGAAGAUCUUCAACUGAUCAAAAGGAACACAUUAAGACCGUCAAAAUCGAUACGUCUCGUCCUUAUUCUUAUCCAACCCCUACGAACAGAAGAUCGCUGCAACAACCUGGCACGCAUGGUCUUGCAUCUCCUCUCCACAGAGCUUACCAGCAGCAUCUCUCUGUUCACCAAUCCCUUGUCACGCCUUCUCCGUGCAAAACAGGGCCUCUGCAAGUACGUUCGGCCAGCCCUCGAUGCCAAAGAGAAGAACGAAUCUACCCAACGGCUCACACCCUGAGCUUAGAGUCCAGUAAUUACAACAGCAUUGGGAUGCGUCACCAUGGAACUGCUUCAGGGACUGGGGCAAUGCCCAACUACAUGGCUGCCACAGAAUCGGCAAAAGCGCGGGUUAGAUCACAGAGUGCUCCGAGACAGCGGCCACUGACGCCAGAAAGAGAGCGACUGGGGUCAGCGAAAAAGCGUCUCUCCUUUCCCGUUCCGGACACAUACAAUAGUGGCUAUGGCGGUGGAUACAACUACAGCCACAACUUGAGGAACCAAAGCUUUAAGAGCAUUCAUGGAGGUCAUUUAGGGAUGGAGCAACAAUCGUAUCUGUCUUCUUGUUGCACGGACAGCCACGGUAGUGAAGUCUCUCCCUCAUCGACCGGUGACCUCAGGAGAUGGUUGCGCUGAAUUUAACCAUUUUAAAUGCGAUUUUGAAUGAAAAUCCCUAAAAUUUGUUUUCUUUGGUUUCCAAUUUUUUUCUCUUUGGAUUUUUGUUGAUUCCUUUUAAUUAAGCUAUUGAUAAAGCCAUGAAACUGGAAGUAUGAUUUGAUUGUGUGAAAUUCUAUAAUUCUGAAUUAGGAA